UGCCAUUCGCUCGCUGGUUUUUCUUUGGCUUCAUCUUCUCUCGUCCUAAUCUCGUUUCUCUCUUUCUCUAUCAAUUUCUCCUCUCCUUUAACCCACCAUGUCGUCAGCUCUCAACGCGAUCAAGCUCCGUCGCAAGAAAAAUGUCAAGAAGGGUAUCCAGUUCUGCUUGAUGGUCUGUGGUGCCAGCGGAACCGGACGUACAACCUUUGUCAACACACUCUGCGGGAAGCAAGUUCUUGAGGGCAAGGAUGCCGACGACGCUGCCAACGCUCACAUCGAGGAAGGUGUCCGCAUCAAGCCUGUCACAGUCGAGCUCGAAUUGGAUGAUGAAGGCACUCGAAUCUCCCUAACCAUUGUUGAUACCCCGGGUUUCGGUGACCAGAUUGAUAACGAAGCAAGCUUUGGUGAGAUUGUCGGAUACCUCGAGCGCCAAUACGAUGAUAUCCUUGCGGAAGAAUCACGAAUCAAGCGAAACCCCAGAUUCAGGGACAACCGUGUGCACGUUCUUCUGUAUUUCAUCACACCAACCGGCCACGGCCUGCGUGAGCUGGACAUCGAAUUGAUGAAGCGUCUCUCCCCCCGUGUCAACGUCAUCCCCGUCAUCGGAAAGGCCGACUCUCUCACUCCUGCCGAAUUGGCCGAGUCUAAGAAGCUGAUUAUGGAGGACAUUGAGCACUACCGUAUUCCCGUCUACAACUUCCCUUACGAUAUCGAAGAGGACGAUGAGGACACCGUGGAGGAGAACGCUGAGUUGCGUGGAUUGAUGCCAUUUGCCAUUGUUGGCUCCGACGACUUUGUGGAGAUCGAUGGCCGAAAAGUGCGAGCUAGGCAGUACCCUUGGGGUGUUGUGGAAGUCGAGAACCCCCGACACUCUGAUUUCUUGGCUAUCCGAAGCGCUCUUCUGCACAGCCAUCUGGCAGAUUUGAAGGAGAUCACACACGACUUCCUUUACGAAAACUACCGUACCGAGAAGCUCAGCAAGAGCGUCGAUGGUGCUACUCCUACCCAAGAUUCCUCUAUGAACCCUGAAGACCUAGCAUCUCAAUCCGUCCGCCUUAAGGAGGAACAGCUUCGCCGCGAAGAAGAGAAGCUCCGCGAGAUCGAGCUCAAGGUGCAGCGUGAGAUUGCUGAGAAGCGACAGGAGUUGCUGGCUCGCGAGAGUCAACUCCGGGAGAUUGAGGCUCGCAUGACUCGCGAAACAAGCCAGGGUCAGGUUGGCGAGACAAACGGAGAGGCUUAGAUACCCCCUGUUUGUUAAACCCUUGACUUAUAAGUGCGGGUUAUGGUUUCGCGGUUUGACACCGUCAGUGCCAACGUAAUGGAACUUAUGGCACGAAGGUAGUAACUGUCUAUGGGGAUAAUAUUGACCGUUUAUUCACGUUAAUAGCUUUUUCUUAUUGAAAGGGAGGAGGCAAAAAUGCAAUGCUCCGUUUUCGAUGACUGGCACCAUUUCCUCCCUUUCGUAGAGAGGAAAUGAGAACAAGAGGUGAUGGGAUCUCUGGCUGUCGCUCUCGAAUUUCUCUCUCGAUUUUUUCUUGGUUUCUUAUAUGUCUUCCU